AUGUCAUCCGGAACAGAAAUUGAUAUCGAGGCUUGUGAUGCAAAGGUGUAUUCAAAAUUGCGAUUCGCAAAUUCGGGCCCAUUCGGCUACGGGGCGUUCUCGACGACGUUGAUGACCCUGUCUCUGUCAAUGAUGGGCAUUCGGAACGUUGAGAACCAGGCCGUCUUCAUAGCGAAUCUUUGCUUCCUUGCCGGGAUAGGCUUGCUCAUCUCUGCGCAAUGGGAAAUGCUUAGGGGCAACACUUUUGCUUACACGACCUUGAUCGCGUUUGCCUUUUACUACGGGGGCUACGGAUUUCUUCUCAUCCCCUCUGUGGGCAUCAUGGAUGGUUAUGGAGGGAAAACGGCGGACUAUUUCAAUGCUUUCGGCUUCUAUCUUGCUGUGAUGAUAACAUGGGGAGACUACAACAUCGUAAACGUCUUCGUGUACGGCGCGCUCGAGUUCUCCUACAUCUUCAACUGCGCCGCAAACUUUGCCUUUGCGGAUGGCCACGCAUCUUCCGGCAAGAGCUUGACGAAAGUCGCCGGAUCGUUCGGGUUCAUUGCCGCGCUGGCGGGAUUCUAUGCCAUGGCAAACGGCUUUUGCGGCGACGUGCUACCGUUCGAGAUGCCGUUGGGAGAUCUCUCGCGAGUAUUGUCGAGGCAGAAAAGUGCGCGGCGCCAGGGGUGA